GUGCGAUUUUCUUCUUCUCUUCACGGUAGUUCACACGGACGACGCCCAUUGACGCUUCCCCACGUUUUAGAGUCGCCCCGCAGCAACACGAGGCUUCUUCCAUGUUGUGACACGCUGUGAUCGGCAGCACAGCCCAACCAUGGCCUCGUAUUCGUCGCCUUCCGAGCCAUCCGCAGCGGCCACGGAACCUGCCGUUCUACCCAGCUCCACGGCUGAGUAUGUUCCAGCAACCCCAGCUGACGACGAGAAGCAUAAUCCAACGUCUCCGGUUGAUGAUGAGAAGCGACAUUCGACGGACAGAAGGCCGUCCCUGAAUCACCAUGCGUCGUCGCCGAUUCCUGCGGAAGCCCCAGCCUUGGGAGCUGUGGGCUUUGUUUUAGAAGACGAGGAGAAGGCAGAUGCUGCUGCUACAGCUUUCAAGCACCACCAAUCGUCUCCACCAGCGCCUCACGAGCAUGGGACUGGCCAGGAAAAGAAAGGGCCUCAUUUGGUUGAAGAAAAUGGAGUUGCUGCCCCUGCCACCGGAACGACCACGGAUACGGAGGAAACUCAGGUCGGAUCUGAAGGAGACGCUGAGGAAGAGGUUGUCUUCCCUGGCAAUACGCAGCUUGCCCUGUUGACAUUUGGCCUUUGCGUGGCUACCUUUACAGUUGCUCUUGAUAAUACUAUUAUCGCUACCGCCAUUCCCAAAAUUACCUCAGUCUUUGAUUCCCUCCAGGAUGUAGGGUGGUAUGGUUCAUCGUAUCUUCUUACAACCACAGCUUUACAACCUUCAUUCGGACGAAUUUACACCUACUUCAAUGUCAAAUGGGUUUACAUGUUCGCCCUUGUUCUGUUCGAAUUCGGAUCUGUUAUUUGCGCGGCCGCGAAAAAUUCCGUAAUGCUCAUUGUUGGCCGGGCUAUAGCGGGUGCAGGAGCGAGUGCCCUCUUCUCUGGUGCAAUGACCAUCAUUGGCUUCACUGUUCCGUUAAAAAAGCGGCCAAUUUACAUGGCGUCCAUUGCUAGCAUGUUCGGUAUUGCUUCAGUGGUGGGACCACUUUUAGGAGGUGUUUUCACGGACAAGUUGACCUGGAGAUGGUGCUUUUGGAUCAAUUUGCCUUUCGGAGCGAUUGCACUAGUAACAGUCUUCAUCUUCUUCAAACCUCCCGAGCGAAAGUCCAGCGGCUUAACUACCAAAGAGAAGAUCCUGGAAAUCGAUCUCGUCGGUGCUGUAUUCCUGAUCUGCGCUAUUGUGUGUCUCCUGCUCGCACUGCAGUGGGGAGGAUCGAAAUAUCCAUGGAAGGACUCAAACGUCUGGGGCUGCAUCUUGGGAUUUGGCCUCCUUAUUAUCAUCUUUAUUGUCCAGCAAUUCCGUCGUGGUGAACGAGCCACAAUUCCACCAAGAAUUUUUGGUCAGAGAACUGUGCUUUGGGCGUGCUUGUAUUCUGCUUUUAUGUCAAUGGGUUUAUAUACACACAUUUUCUACUUGCCGUUUUACUUCCAGGCCGUAAAAGGAACCACUGCCGAACAGUCUGGCAUUCGCACCAUCCCCUAUCUUGGGUCCAUCAUCAUUUCCUCGAUCAUCGUGGGAGGUGGAAUCACGGCCAUUGGGUGGUAUAAGCCAUUCAUGAUCGUUGGUGGGGCAAUAUUUACCGUCGGAGCCGGAAUGAUUUACACGCUUCAAGUUCCCUCCGGAGCUGCCAAGUGGAUCGGUUAUCAAUUAUUGAGUGGUUUUGGUGCUGGUGGCGGUGUUCAAAUCCCUUUCAUCGCCGUCCAAGUUGUCUUGAGCGCAAAAGACAUGCCAACCGGCAACGCCAUAGCCAUCUUCUUCAAUUCCCUGGGUGGGGCCAUCGCCAUCAGUAUAGCGCAGAAUAUCUUCACCAACGGCCUAACAGCCAAUCUGCCUAAAGAUGCUCCAGGCGUCGAUCCUCAAAUAGUCAUCGGGGCCGGCGCAGCAUAUCUUCGACAUGUCAUCAAACCAGAGCAACUCCCGGGCGUAUUAUUAGCAUACAUGGCGGGUCUGAAGCAGGCAUUCGUUAUCUCGAUUGCUUGCGGUGCUAUCGGGACCAUCUGUGCUUGUUUCGUGGAGUGGAAGAGUGUUAAGGGGAAGAAGCUUGUUCCAACUGCGGCAUAGGCUAGAAGAGAGGCUAUAGAGGGCUUCAAGUAUAUAUAUUUCCGGUUUCUCUUGUAUAUGGUUCGAGAGCAUCUCUAGAGGACUUCUUGCAUAUCACAUUUCUUGUAUCCUCUUUCUUGUAAAAGAGUUAAGCAUAUCUUGGGGGCAAUGCAUUUCGGAACGAGCUCUUGGUCGGAUCUGAUGAAAUAGAUCGCAAGUUGUAGCAACAUCUUUCUGUGGAGUUCCGGGACGAGUCCCGCUAGACUCACGACGCACAUGAGAAAGGGAUAGGCCGUCCAUCUCGGUAAAGUCAUACCAAAGAAACGAACCACGGGUGAGGCUGAGAACAAGCUGCCGAUAUCUUUAAAGCGGCUGCAAGGAUAUGACUGCAGCUCGUUUAUCUGAGCUCCAAGUUGCACGCAGUAUGAAAUCAGUAUCUAUCUCAAUUUCCAAUUGUGGCCCCG